AACCCAAGAAACGACGCACGAGUGUGAACAAGGAGAACAAUGGAAUCCAAAACACCAAUCUCAUGAUGUCUCCAACGCCAUAUUGGAAGGUUAGUUUCUAUGUUAGCCCGCGAUUGAAUGGAUCUAGAGACAACAUAAUCUUUAUCUUUUGUUCGUACUCAGAAUUGAUUUGAUCCCGUAAUUGUUGAACCACUGAAGGUCGCCAGGGAACGUGGUGACAAACACUCUCCACGAGAAACAAGAUCUGCUAGAAAAAAGAAAUUGAUCGAAGAAAAAACAAGAGAUGGAGUGUUGUCAUUUUCUCCUCCAAACCAGGUAGCAAACGCCCGAAAAGAGAUGUUGGAACUUGAGAGGAAGACCCGAGAACGGUAAGUAAAAUGGUUUUGAUUACUCACCUUCGCUGUUUUUAAUUUGAAGAAUGUCUCAUCAAAUCAUUCUUUCUUCAAAUAGCGACAGCCGCAUUGAUGAAAAUCGAAAAAAUGGACAGUUGCUUGUCUUCUCAAAAGAUUUCGAGAGCCUGACGGAUAUACCAGCUGACAGUAACGAGGAUAACGAUGAACAUACACACAGUUCGAUGAAGACUGUGAAGCAGAAAUCUAAGGUUGGUGUCAACAAUGGUGAAGACGAAAGAGUAGUAUCAAACGAUGUUGAAGGCAACGGUGUAUCAUCAUUCUCCAUCGAUGACGAAAGGUUGGCGAGAUACUCAGAAGAAUUGUCUUGCUUGACAAAAUCCACAAAUCACGGAGAACAUUCUCAAGAGAUGAUGAAUGCAAUCAAAGGUUUGGGUGAAAAAUUUGAAAUUCUUGAUCGUCGCCUUUCAGAGUUCCCUUCUCAGCCCAUGACUACACAUCAAUUCUCCGACCCAAAAACCCUCGAGGAGCUAGGAGAAAAGAUGCGUCAAAUUGACGGACUAUCAAAGAAGAAUUCGAAAUUGGAGAAGGAGAACAAAACGAUGGACUUAAAACUGAAGAAAGUUGAGAUAGAUCUACAUUCUGAAAGGGAGAAGCUUGAUGCGGCCAUAGUUGACCUUGAGAAAGUUGAGUCGAUGAAUGAAUCUUUGAAAACAACUCUUAACGAAUAUAAGGCGAAGAAUCAUGUACUCACCAACAAGGUUCUGCCUCGAACGGAGAAAGAGCUCAAGAAAUCGGUACAAGAGCUAAAAAAGUACAAAAAACGAGUCGAGCAAACAUCGGCUACACUACAAGAGUACGAAGAAGCGAUGAAGGACCUCAAGUCCGAACAUGACCUUCUUCUGAGAAAAACCGAGGAGGAGAAGGCACACUUCCAAACGCUCAACGAAGACUCUUAUCGAGCUCACCAAGAAGAACGGCUCGAGAAUGAGAGAAAAGAACAGAUGCUAAAAGAGGCCCAGAAAUCCUUGGAAAUGACUAAAAGCGAGCUUGAAGUUGAACGUUCUCGUGCUGACGAUCAGAUGAAAAAAUUCCAAAAUGCACUGAAAGAGCUGAAACGGACAAAGGUAGAAAAAGAAAAACUCGAAGGGCAGUUUUUAGAUUUCAAGGACGAGCUCAUGGCAAAUAGUGAGGAAAGUAGUGCAGCGAUCAGACUUGUUGAAAAAGACAGAGAGACUCUUGAAAAUCGCUUGAAAGAAGUUGAAAACCAACUGAAGGAAGUGACCGAAGAGAAAAAUGACGCAUUGGAUAGGUUGAGUACGUCUGAUAAACGAGAAGAUGACCUUUUCAACCGACUCCGUGAAAGCGACCGUGUGCGUAAAGAACUUCACGCUCGCGUCAUGGUUUUGAUAGGUAGUAUUCGAGUCUUUGUGCGUGUGCGACCUGCUCUGCCAGAAGAGCUGGAAUCAUCCUCUGACAAAGACUUGAAGCAUGUAUUCAAAUUUUCCGACGGUUUAGGCACAACUAAUAGAGACAAGAAUUCCAAAUAUGGCUGUGACGAUCCUACGAAAAAUGUACUAGAGGUUACUGAGCCUUACAAGGAUAGAGGUGGUCUUUCACAGCGACGCAAGAAGUGGUCGUUUGGCUUUGAUAAUGUUUUUAACCCGUCUCAUUGCCAAGAAGACUUAUGGGAGGCAACAGAACCUUUGGUGCAAUGCGCAAUAGAUGGUUUCAAUGUCACCCUUUUUGCGUAUGGCCAGACGGUAAGUAGCUUGACCGUUUGGUGCUUUAGCAUUUGCCUCUGAUGCCUAUUUUGAAACUCACUGCUUUAGUUUAACGAACCAACAGGGAUCUGGUAAGACAUUUACAAUGCUUGGCGAUUCUCAAUCGCCAGGUAAGGAAGGGAUCAUUUCUCGAUCGAUUCGCAAAUUGUUCGAGGCAAAAUCAAAAAUUGAAGAGCUUUCUCAGGGAGAGAAGUCAGUUUCAGUCACUAUUGAAAUGCUGGAAAUCUACAACGAGCAGGUGAUAGAUUUGUUGUCCCCAAAAGCCACCGAACCAUUAAAAGUUUCAGGCAAUAGGGCUGUAGGGAGCAUACAUCAGUCUGUGUCUGACGAAGCCAGCGUAUUCAAAAUUUUAGCUGUAGCCCAAAAGCGCAGAACGGUCAAGGCUACUUCUUCCAAUGCUACAAGUUCUCGAAGUCACCUGUUAUUUACGAUCGAAUAUACCGUUACUUCCAAGGAUGGUUCAGUUCAAGUUGGGAAAUUGAAUGUUUGCGAUUUGGCUGGGUCAGAAAGAUUGUCAAAAAGUGGAGCUCAUAACUCUKGUGGGGCUUUGCUCAAAGAGACAAAGUGUAUUAACUUGUCACUGAGCACCCUUUCAAAUGUUAUUGAAAAAUUACAAGCUGGAGAAAAAAAUGUUCCCUUCCGCGAUUCCAAACUGACAAGUUUACUACAAAACAGUUUAGGCGGAAACUCGAAGACUCUUUGUAUCAUUUGCUGCAAUCCUUUGCAAUCCCACUUUCAUGAAACUCUGUGCAGUCUUCGUUUCGCUGCGAAAAUCAACAAGGUCGACUUGAAAUCUGUGCAGAAUUUUAUUGCUUAAAAUACUAAUCAUUGCCAUUGGAUUUUGAACAGGGUACUUUAUCGGGAAAAUUAAUGUCAAGGGAGAAC